AUGCAAGCUCUUUCUGAAGACAAACGUAUUUCUCCAUUCGAUCAGAUCGCUCUUCCAAAACCAACAGAAAGAACCAACGCAUUUAACUUUAAUUUCCGUGGAACGACAUUUGUUUUCAAAGAACUUGGUGGAGAUAGGAUAAAAGAUUCGGAACACCAUGCUAAAACACCUAAAGCAAUCAUUUACGUGUUUGAUGCUGCUAUGAAAAAAUGA